GAAAAGAAGUUCACAAAGGAAGAGAGCGUAAAACAUUUACGGGAGACGAGCAGACAUAUACCAUUAUUUCCAGAAAUGUCUUAUUUUUUUCUUUCUGUAUUGACUAUAACUGUUGACUAUGCCAAGCAAAGAAGCCAAGGAGGUUCCUCGUAAAGUGGACAACAAACAGCUGAGACCUUCAAGCUGUCCACUCUUUUCCUCUUAUCUUUCAUGCUACUUCAGUUUCAAGGAAGCGGAAAAGCAGUGUGGGAAAGUUGGCAAAGCGAGAGUGGCGAAGGCGGCGGCGGAGUCGUGUCUGGAAUAUUCUGCGCUACUACACGUAGGGUACACGCACAUAUUGGGACCAUGGAAAGCAUGGAAAAGGAACAGCUGCUGCAGUUGCAGGCCUUCGUGGAGCUCUGCAGGCACAAGCCAGAGGUGCUGCACAAACAGGAGCUGGCUUUCUUCAAGAACUACCUGGAAAGCCUCGGUGCCCGAAUUCCCCUGCCACCUCAACCGAAGCCUACGCCCAAGGAAGAUGUGCCCGCGGCAGACGGUUCGACUCCCGAAGACACUGAGCCCGAGACACCGGAAAGCGAGGAGAGCGAUGUUGAGCUGGACAACACCGGCGUGAUCGAGCCGGACAAUGAACCGCCCUUCGAAAAUGGUGAUGCUAGCAUCGAGGUGACGGACGAGAUGCUGGAAGAGAGCUCUGAAAAGAGGUCCCAAGCAAUGGAGCUUCAAAAUGAAGGGAAACUGGAGGAGUCGAUAAAGCUGUGGACGGAGGCCAUUUUGAAAAACCCGUCCGGUGCCGUUCUUUUUGCCAAGCGUGCCAAUGUCCUGCUGAAACUGGAGAAACCCAACGCUGCCAUCAGGGACGCCAACCGGGCACUGGAGUUGAACCCGGACCAGCCCCUGGCCUACAAGAUCAGGGGACGAGCCAACAGGCUGCUUGGGAACUGGGAAGAAGCGGCCAAGGAUCUUGCCAUGGCCUGCAAGCUGGACUACACGGACGAGGCCAACGAGUGGCUCAAGGAGGUGAUGCCGAACGCGAAGAAACUGCAGGAGCACAAGCGCAAGUGGGAGCGCAAGCUGGAGGAACGCGAGCUCAGGGAGCGCGCCGAGAGAAUCCGCAAGGCCAGGGAGGCACACCAGAACGCUGCUCAACAGUCGCAGGACGAUGACGACCUCGGCGGGAUGCCCGGUGGUUUCCCUGGAAGCUUCUUUCCGGGUGGCCUCGGAGACUGCUUUCAGGACCCGGAGAUCUUAGCAGCCCUCCAGGACCCCGAGGUGGCUGCGGCGUUCCAAGACAUCACCCGAAACCCGGCUAACAUCUCAAAGUACCAGUCCAACCCCAAGAUCAAGAACAUCAUGACCAAGAUGGCGAUGAAAAUGGGUGCCUCGGCGCCGCCACCGCCGAUGUGAAGGGCGUCUCUUGGGAAACCUCGCAUUUGUUUUUUUUUUUUUUUUUGUUUUUGUUUUCUAAUUUGCUCGCGACGUAGAUCAAUGGAGUAUACUUUUUUUUUUCUUGUUGCGUUUAAUCUGCAGUUUCGACCCUUUUCACCGUUUCUGUACUUUGAACUGAAAUAAAGGUGCCUGAUUCACAGUGAA